AAAUUGGGGCUUGUAUUCACCCAGGACGAGAUGAUCAACGUCAUUGGUAACAAGGGUCACGGAUACAAGGGUGUCACCAGCCGUUGGCACUUAAAGAAGCUUCCCCGCAAAACCCAGCGUGGUCUGCGUAAGGUGGCCUGUAUUGGUGCCUGGCAUCCUGCUCGUGUGGCCUUCUCUGUGGCCCGUGCUGGUCAGAAGGGUUACCACCACCGUACUGAGAUCAACAAGAAGAUCUACAAGAUUGGCCAGGGCUACCACACAAAGGACAGAAAGCUGGUGAAGAACAACGCCUCGACAGAGUACGAUCUGUCCAACAAGAGCAUCAACCCCCUGGGUGGAUUUGUCCACUAUGGAGAUGUGACCAAUGACUUUGUCAUGGUGAAGGGCUGUGUUGUAGGGACCAAAAAGAGGGUGCUGACUCUGCGCAAGUCACUGCUGGUGCAGGCCAGCCGUCGUGCCUUGGAGAAGAUCGACCUCAAGUUUAUCGACACCACCUCCAAGUUCGGUCACGGCCGCUUCCAGACCGUGGAGGAGAAGAAGGCGUUCAUGGGACCACUCAAGAAGGACCGUAUCAUCAAGGAAGAGACUGCUUUAAGUCCUCAACAAAUGCCUCUGCUGUGUUGACUGUCAACAUCAUUCCUGUUCUGCAGAGUUAUUUAAUAAACAAACAAAAACCCA